CUCUGAGGUUACAAGUGCAACCAAAACAGCAGCUCCUGUUGCCUGAAGUUUUUGUGAUUUACUGGAUAACAAAAACAAAACUGACAACGAUGGAAGAAGUGUAUGACACUCUGGAGGAAGACUGGGAUGAUGAAGAUGAGGCCACACAAUACAUGAUUGAGCAGAGUCUACUGGAAUGUGGCAAGUGCAGCAGUCAAACCCCCAGUGAUCCUGCACUGGAAAAUAUUGACCAUGAGGAGAUUUUUACAGCCAUACAGGCGGGAAAUGAAGAUGCCCUGCGGUUGCUGGUGCAGCACAGGGAAGCGAUGUCCAUGGCUGACAGCAGGGGCUGGAUCCCACUGCACGAGGCGGCCAUACAGCAGAAGAGGAGCAUUCUGGAGAUCACUUUCUCAGCAUCUCCUCAGGGCUCGGGUCAGUGCCGCACUCUGAAAGGGGAGACUCCUCUCUUUCUUGCUGUUGUGAAUGGUCUCAGGGAAAACGCUACAUUCCUGCUCCAGAACGGCUGCAGCCCCGACUGUACAAACGAGGACGAGGACUCUCCAUUACUUGCAGCCAUAAAGAAUGACCAGUAUGACCUGGCUUCUCUCCUGCUGCGCUUUAAUGCUACUGUGGACCAAACAGGCAGUCUUCAGAGAACUGCUCUGCAUGAAGCUUCUCUGCUUGGUUUGGAAGACUAUGUGUACCUGCUCCUUCAGUCUGGUGCCAACCCAAACGCCUGUGAUGCUAGUCACCAUACUCCUUUGGGAUUGGCAGCCCAAGCUGGGCAUUUGAAUGUUGUGGAAGUUCUACUACAGAAAGGUGCCAGGAUAUGGUCAAACCCUCAAAGUCCAGAAGCUCCAUCAGUGUUAUUCGAGGCAGCAGCGUCUGGAAACCCUGACAUCAUCUCUGUGCUGUUAGAAUAUGGAGCUGACCCCAACGCGCCAACACAUACAGGCCAUCUACCCAUCCACCGUGCAGCUUACCGUGGACAUCUUCUAGCACUAGAGAAUCUGAUUCCAGUAACCAAAAAAGAGGCAAUAAAAGAGAGUGGGAUGAGCCCUCUGCAUUCUGCGGCUGCAGGCGGUCACUUCCAGUGCUUGGAGCUGCUCCUGGAUGCCGGUUUUGACCCCAAUUUCAUGCUGCACCCGCGCGUCCGCCGCAACUACGAUGAUGAACGCAGGUCAGCUCUCUACUUUGCGGUGUCCAACAACGACGUGCAGUCUGCACGCAUGCUGCUGGAGGCCGGAGCCAUGGCCAACCAGGACCCGGUCAGCUGCCUGCAGGUUGCUGUUCGCUUGGGCAACUAUGAGCUCAUCCACACACUGCUGCGUUAUGGCGCCAAUGUCAACUACUACUCCCGCGUAAACACCACACACUUCCCAUCGGCCCUGCAGUACGCGCUUAAAGAUGAAGUAAUGCUGCGCAUGCUCCUCAACCAUGGCUACGAUGUGCAGCGCUGCUUCGAGUGCCCUUACGGUCAGGGCUUGCACUUGCCAGCAGGCUACGAGGGCUGGAGCCCCUCAGUCAUUAAGGAUGUGGUGUUCUGUGAAGUGAUCACAGUGUCUUGGCUCCAGCACAUCGCAGGCCAUGUGGUGAGAAUCAUGCUGGAUUAUGUUGACCAUGUCACCUUCUGCUCCAAACUGAAGAGCAUCCUGGUACAACAGAAACAAUGGCCAGAUAUCUGCAGUAUUCAAGAAAACACUCGGAGCCUGAAGCAUUUGUGUCGACUUAAGAUCCGGGAGAGCCUCGGUCGCUUGCGUCUGAGGGCUCCAGUUUUUAUCAGUUUCUUGCCACUACCAAACAGCCUGAAGGACUAUAUCCGCUUCAAAGAGUACGACAUUUACAGCCGAGGAAGUGGUGGAGAGUUUGAGUAAAAUUAGAUGUAUUUUUUGUAUUAAAUUGAUUGUACUUUUGUAUUCUUUUUUUAUUUUUUUAAUUGACAGGAUUACAGUUUCCAAAUGAGCUGUCUUUAGUUACUCUGGCUUUGUUUACACCUGGUCAUUUCAUUCGUUAAAAACAAGCCACAUAAAACAAAUGUGAAUGCAUCCAAGCCACAUAGCUCAGGAGGUUUAAAAGCAUUUGAGCCACAUUAUAGCAGUGUAAAUGCAUCCACUUCUCUAGAUGCAUUCCACAACUAAAACUCCUUUCAAUACCACAUAUGUUAUGCUGCAAAAAAGCUUCUAAUUUUUUUUUAUCCUGAUGGCAAAAGUAAGGAAAUGAUUGACACACUAACAACAAAGAUGAUAAAGUACUUUUUUUUGUGGCUUGUGUGGCUCUUUGUUUUUGGUGUGUGAGUCAUUUGCUUUUUGACAAACUAUUUGAUAUAGUUUUUUUGACCUAAGCCCACAAAAAGACUUUUUGCAUUUAAGGUUAUGUAAUGUUCAUUUUUAUACAAUAUAAUAUUAAAUGUAUUAAUUAUGUUCAUUUCA